UUUUCCUGUCCCCCACCCAGUGCUGGGAGCUGGGGCCGAGAGGAAAGGCUGGGAGCUGGGGCCGAGGAGCAGUGGGGUCAGGAACAGACCCGGCCGACGGAGCCAGGGCCCCCCGGGUGCCGCUGGGACCCGAAGAAGGGGCCAUGCUGUCUGGUGAACGGAAGGAGGGCGGUAGCCCCCGCUUUGGGAAGCUCCAUCUCCCAGUGGGCCUGUGGAUCAAUUCUCCCAGGAAGCAGCUGGCCAAGUUGGGGCGGCGCUGGCCCAGCGCAGCCUCUGUCAAGUCUUCCUCUUCAGACACGGGGAGCCGCAGCAGCGAGCCACUGCCCCCGCCGCCGCCGCACGUGGAGCUGCGGCGGGUGGGCGCGAUUAAGGCGGCCGGGGGAGCCUCGGGGAGUCGCGCCAAGCGCAUCUCCCAGCUCUUUCGGGGCUCGGGCACCGGAGCCACGGGAUCUGGCGGCGCGGGAGGUCCCGGGACCCCCGGGAGCGCGCAGCGCUGGGCCAGCGAGAAGAAGCUUCCUGACCUGGCGGCGGGCGUGGCCCCCGAGCCCUCACUGGCCACUCGCGCCACUGCGCCCCCGGGGGUCCUCAAGAUCUUCGGCGCCGGACUGGCGUCGGGCGCUAACUACAAGAGUGUGCUGGCCACGGCGCGCUCCACGGCACGCGAGCUGGUGGCCGAGGCUCUGGAGCGCUAUGGGCUGGCCGGCAGCCCGGGCAGCGGCCCCGGCGAGAGCAACUGCGUGGACGCCUUCGCGCUGUGCGACGCGCUGGGCAGGCCCGCGGCCGGCGGCGUAGGCAACGGCGAGUGGCGGGCGGAGCACCUGCGCGUGCUGGGCGACUUGGAGCGCCCGCUGCUGGUGCAGGAACUGUGGCGGGCGCGGCCCGGCUGGGCGCGGCGUUUCGAGCUGCGUGGCCGCGAGGAAGCUCGCCGCCUGGAGCAGGAGGCUUUCGGGGCCGGGGACAGCGAAGGCACAGGCUCUGCCUUGUGGCGGCCACAGAAGAACCGCUCCCGGGCAGCAUCCGGCGGGGCAGCGCUGGCCAGCCCUGGCCCAGGGUCAGGGUCAGGGCCCCAGGCUGGGUCUGCGGGCAAGGAGCGCUCGGAAAAUCUGUCUCUGCGGCGCAGUGUGUCAGAGCUCAGCCUGCAGGGUCGGCGGCGGAGGCAGCAGGAGCGCAGACAGCAGGCACUUAGCAUGGCCCCAGGGGCAGCGGACGCCCAAAUCGGACCUACAGACCCUGGCGACUUUGAUCAGUUGACUCAGUGCCUCAUCCAGGCCCCCAGCAACCGGCCCUACUUCCUGCUGCUCCAGGGCUACCAGGAUGCCCAGGACUUCGUGGUCUACGUGAUGACGCGGGAGCAGCACGUGUUCGGCCGGGGCGGCAACUCCUCAGCCCGCGGGGGGUCCCCGGCGCCGUACGUGGACACCUUUCUCAACGCCCCAGACAUCCUGCCACGUCACUGCACGGUGCGCGCGGGCCCCGAGUGCCCGGCCAUGGUGCGCCCCUCCCGGGGAGCCCCGGUCACGCACAACGGCUGCCUGCUGCUGCGGGAGGCCGAGCUGCACCCGGGCGACCUGCUGGGGCUGGGCGAGCAUUUCCUCUUCAUGUACAAGGACCCCCGCACUGGGGGCUCGGGCCCGGCGCGGCCGCCCUGGCUGCCCGCGCGCCCCGGGGUCGCGCCUCCGGGGCCUGGCUGGGCCUUCUCCUGCCGCCUGUGCGGCCGCGGCCUGCAGGAGCGCGGCGAGGCGCUGGCCGCCUACCUGGACGGCCGCGAGCCCGUGCUGCGUUUCCGGCCGCGCGAGGAGGAGGCGCUCCUCGGGGAGAUCGUGCGCACCGCGGCCGCCGGCGCGGGGGACCUGCCGCCGCUCGGGCCCGCCACGCUAUUGGCUCUGUGCGUGCAGCACUCAGCGCGGGAGCUGGAGCUGGGCCACCUGCCGCGCCUGCUGGGCCGCCUGGCCCGGCUUAUCAAGGAGGCCGUCUGGGAAAAGAUUAAGGAAAUCGGAGACCGUCAGCCAGAGAACCACCCGGAGGGCGUCCCUGAGGAGCCCCUGACCCCCGAGGCGGUGUCGGCGGAGCUGCGGCCCCUCAUGCUGUGGAUGGCCAACACCACGGAGUUGUUGAGCUUCGUGCAGGAGAAGGUGCUGGAGAUGGAGAAGGAGGCCGACCAGGAGGACAUGCCCUCAGACCCACAGCUCUGCAAUGACUUGGAGUUAUGCGACGAGGCCAUGGCCCUCCUGGACGAGGUCAUCAUGUGUACCUUCCAGCAGUCUGUCUACUACCUCACCAAGACUCUCUAUUCAACGCUGCCUGCUCUCCUGGACAGUAACCCUUUCACAGGUGGGGCAGAGCUUCCGGGGCCUGGCGCGGAGCUGGAGGCCAUGCCCCUGGGUUUGAGACCCACCCUAGGCGUGUUCCAGGCAGCUCUGGAGCUGACCAGCCAGUGCGAGCUGCAUCCGGACCUUGUGUCGCAGACUUUCGGCUACUUGUUCUUCUUCUCCAAUGCAUCCCUUCUCAACUCACUGAUGGAACGAGGUCAAGGCCGACCUUUCUAUCAAUGGUCUCGAGCUGUCCAAAUUCGGACCAACCUGGACCUUGUCUUGGACUGGCUGCAGGGGGCUGGGCUGGGGGACAUCGCCACCGAGUUCUUCCGGAAACUGUCCAUGGCUGUGAACCUGCUCUGUGUGCCCCGCACAUCCCUGCUCAAGGCUUCAUGGAACAGUCUACGCACUGACCACCCCACACUGACCCCUGCUCAGCUCCACCAUCUGCUCAGCCACUACCAGCUGGGUCCUGGCCGCGGGCCUCCACCUGCUUGGGACCCUCCCCCUACAGAGCGAGAUGCUGUGGACACAGGGGACAUCUUCGAAAGCUUCUCCUCCCACCCUCCUCUCAUCCUGCCCUUGGGUAGCUCGCGCCUGCGUCUCACAGGGCCAGUAACGGACGACGCCCUGCACCGUGAACUGCGCAGACUCCGGCGCCUCCUCUGGGAUCUUGAGCAGCAGGAACUUCCGGCCAAUCACCGCCACGGGCCUCCUGUGGCCACGCCUCCUUGAAGACCAAUAGAAACGAUUGCGCGAGCCUUGAAAAUUCCUUGGCUUCCACACACUGGAGCCCUCUGGAGCGUAGAACUUUCUGGGAGUUGUAGUUUUUCCCGCUUGGAAUGCUGGGAGUUUGAGUUUUGGGGUCGUAGAGGAUGGGACGGUGGGUAGAUGGGCUUGGGUUUUGAGUGCCAGGAGAAAUAAAGGUAUCAGUGGUAUUGGCAA